GCACUACCAUUUCAGCAUAUAAAAGCGGGCAACGCUACCAUUGAAGUCAUUACCUACGUCCGGCUCAACCUUCCAUCUCCCCUCGCAGAUCAUCAUCUACAUCUCACAUCUUCAAGUAUCUAUCUCAUUAUGAACUCGUUCACUUCGCCUCAUAUUAUUCAGAGGGGACGCGCCGUCCCCCUGAGGUUCUCUAGGCUCUCGUGUGUCCCUUCCAGAACUACCAGGGCCGACAUAUCCUCCGCCGUAGGUCAAGAGAGUGCGACUAUGGUCGACGACUGCGUCGUUACGUUCGAGAAGAGCGUACUUGGCUGGCACGGCACCGUACCUGACGACGCUGCGCUUGACACGGACUCCUGGAAGGAAGCCUGGCUCGAGGACGAUUUCAGCUCCUCUGGCUUCGUCCCCCUCUGUUCACAGCCCGAGUACGAGAAGACGUCUCUCAAGGCGAGAAUGCAAACCGACAGCAAGCUCUCGCGCAAGCUCAUCAAGUACAUGGAUCUUGCGGAGACGUACUUCGGCAUGUCUGUGGACACGCAACGCAAGUUGGCCAGGGCCGGGAACGAAACCCGCGCCCUCGAGUUCGAAGUCGGCGAACUCCACGGACAAAUAGACACUCUGACUGGCGAGCUCGCUGGCGCGAAAGCCCUCGCCGACGACCACAAGAAAGGAGUCUCUGAGCUCGAGUCUGUUCUGGAUCUGGCUAUGACUGCGAUCGGCCAACUGCAGAAGCGCAACGAGGAACUGGAAGCUAGCCAGGUCGACAGCGAGCAUCGUCUUCUUGGCUACGAUGAACGCCUCCGGGAAUCUCAGACUAUGCUAUACUCUGCUGUGUCUCAGGUUGAGAAGCUCUCCUCCGAGAACGAGAAGGUCGCCGACCAGAAGGCCGCUCUGUAUGAUGCUCUCUCCAAGUCUCUCGCCACGUCGGGUCCGAAGCAGAAAGCGUUGGAGAUGGAGAUCAAGGAACUCAAAGUUCUCCUUGCCCAGCGCGACGCGGACGUUCUUUUUGUUCGCAAGGAACUCCAGACCAUGCGCGAGGAAGCUGCUGAGAAGGCCAAGGUUGUCGACGCUGCGUGGGACAAGAAGCACACCGACGCCGUCUGCCAAUUCGAGCAGAGGCUAUCCUUCAUGCGCUCUGAGAGGGCCCGUUUCCGCAUCGAAGCCAGGGAGCAUAAGCACAAAGCGGCAUUCGUCGAGAAACAGAAGGAAGCCUCCGAGGCCGCGCUUGCAACCUGCAAUGCCAACCUGCAAGCCACAUCUCUAGAACUCAAGAAUGCGCAAGAGGAUCUGACGUACGCUCAGAAUCGAGUGGAAGAAGCUCAGAAACGCGGGGAGGCUUGCGAGCGCCACAUCCGCUACUUGGAGUCCCUACUGCCAAUCGAGGGCGAGGGGGCAAAGCGUCUUCUCAGCCUCGGCGACAAACUCGAGAAGGCCAUGGCGAAGUCUCAGCACACGCGUACUCGCAAACUGCAGGACAUCACCAACCGUCGUACCAGUGAUCUCUGCGCUACGACCCUCACGCCUGCCCCAGUACGACCCUCUAGCAAGACGACCUUGCCUGUCUGCGCCAGCAGCUACGUACCAGGCCUGCAGGGAACCCCCUACGUGCCCACCCCGCCGGCGAGCUCCUUCCCCACGCCCGACUGGACCAUGUCGGAUGCAUCCUCGCUCUCCUUCAUCAAGAUGCACGCUUCCAACCUGAUAGACGUGUCGGAGGGCGAGAUCCUGUUCGGCUCCAUGGGCACGACUGCGAACCCGAUCGACAAGUCGCCCAUUGCGCCCCGCGCAGCCCCGAGUCGGUGCCAAACUGGGAGUGUGGGGUUGAACAAAGCACCCCGGGUGGUGGGCAGACGGAGGCUGUGAGACUCUCCGCGCGUCGUCCCUCAACCUAAGGGGACGACGCAGUCGAACCAACGAGGGUUCGACAACAAGUGACACGCGAUAGGACCAAUGGGAGAGUUGGCCACGGUAGUCGGGA